UUGUAAAGAGUCAUGUGACAACGAACUUUGCCUACUUUCUCUCUCUCUCGCAUCCCCAAUUUAUUCCACUUCCACUAUAAACAUCACAUAAAAAAAUACACACAUACUGACAUACACACACUCUGCUGUCAGAUUCAGCAGUCAGCAAGUUCAAGCAACAAAGUUUCCAGUGUUUCCAGGCAAGUUUUAGGCAAUACCCUUUCUCUCAUCUUCUUCAAUUUCAUCUCCAGUUUUCGCAAAUCUCUUUUGGGAAGCAUUGUUGUCUUCGAUUGUUUGGCCCAAGUUUUGACAAUCCUCCUACAGUUCGUCCUCUGGAGUUGAUGUUGACGAUACCAUGCAGUUAUACCAUCAUCCCUUCUCGCUGGACAGCCAAAAGGUGAGACUGGCUUUGGAGGAGAAUGGAAUUGAUUACACUUCGUAUCAUAUUAACCCUAUCACUGCCAAGAACAUGGAUGCAUCAUUCUUCAGGAUGAAUCCAAGUGGAAAACUACCUGUCUUUCAGAAUGGUUCUCACAUUAUUUAUAACACCAUUGAAAUAGUACAGUACUUAGAAAGAAUUGCAGCCGUCUCUUCAGUAGGAGAUGGCAUUACCCUCAGCAGCAGAGAAGUCAUCGAAUGGAUGCACAAAAUCCAAGAGUGGAACCCCAAAUAUUUUACGCUCUCCCAUGUCCCAGAGAAACACAGGCUCUAUGUUACAAAGUUCACGAGGCAGGUAGUGAUUGCUAGGAUGGCUGAGUUCCCUGAUCUUGCAAGUGCCUAUCACCUAAGGCUCAGAGAUGCAUAUGAUACAGAAGAGAAGUUACAGGAUCCAGAGGUAACACUGAGAAGCCAAGAACAUCUUGUUAGGCUUCUUGAUGCGGUAGAAACACAACUGAAUGACAAUUCUUACUUAGCAGGAGAAAAGUUUACUAUGGCAGAUGUUAUGCUUAUCCCGGUAUUAGCUCGGUUAGUGCUCUUAAAAUUAGAACAUGAAUACAUUGAUAAUAGGCCGAAUAUUUCGGAGUACUGGAAGAUGGUACAACAGAGGCCUAGUUACAAGAGGGUGAUCGGGAAGUAUUUUGAUGGCUGGAGGCGGCAAAAGACAUUGACGAAAACCUGGUGUUAUAUUCAUAUGAGGAAUCUGUUGAAGAAAUAUUAAGUAUGCAGAGGGCUGAGAAGAUGAAAUCCGAAGGACUUUCAUUCUUUAGUUGUCAAUAAAUUGAGGGGUUUAUAUAAAUAUGUUGUACAGAAGAUUUCGAUAAUUUUUUUAUGAUUUUGUAAACGUUUUGCAACUUUUUUCCCUAUACUUGAAGGUGAAACUUUGAGGAUCUA